UGCCUCUCUAUUUACUUAUAUACAACUCUGUGGAUACAAUUAGGUGGAUCCGAAAUCUUUUGACAUUUUAACGACGGAAUGAUUAAUGCUACACCACUGCAUAAUCGGUAUGUUAUCCACGGUCACUUUACACAUUCUAACCUCAAUGUACGGUACCGUUUAAUUUACUACUACUGUCAUUUCGGUUAACAAGGGAAAGGUGUAGUCUACACAAUCUGAUACAAAAACCAUCAUGAAAACCUUCUUCCUGUUACUCAUAUGAUGAGAUAAAUCCACAGUAAUAAAGCGUUAAUUAAUACUAACGAACUUAAACCCUGAAUUGGAAUGUGUAAUGUUCUAGGAUUUUAAUUAUAGUCUGUUACAAUGAGUCGGCAGAUGACACAAAAUGAACGAAAACUGGCUGAAAAGCUAAUCAUUCUAAAUGAUCGAGGAGUGGGAAUGCUGACUCGAAUUUACAACAUAAAAAAGGCCUGCGGAGAUGCAAAGUCAAAGCCAAGAUUUCUAUCUGACAAGACACUAGAAUCCUCAAUUAAGAACAUAGUUCGCAGAUUUCCAAAUAUCGACGUAAAAAGCUUGCAACCCCUUCAACCAAUUAGAAAUGAGAUUAUAAAGUCUUUAUCUUUGUAUUAUUACACAUUUGUGGAUUUACUUGAUUUUAAGAACUGUGUUUGCGAGUUCUUAACAUGCCUCAAUGCGUGGCAAGUGCAUUUAGAUAUAUCUGUAAAUUUUGAACUGACGAAGAAUUAUUUAGAUUUGGUUGUAACUUAUGUGUCUCUUAUGAUUUUGUUAUCGAGAGUUGAUGAUCGUAAGGCGGUAUUAGGUUUGUUUAAUGCUGCUCACGAAAUGGUACAUUCGCAACAUGAUUCUAGUUUUCCACGGUUGGGAAGUAUGAUAAUUGAUUAUGACAUGCCGAUUAAGAAGCUGUCUGAAGAGUUUGUCACCCAUUCUAAAUUAUUGCAAGGUGCUUUACACUCACUUCUUCCUAUAUUUCCAGUUAGAAAUGUAUCUGCGGAUCAGUGGAGAAGUGAGUUAAAACUGAGUUUGGUGGGGAAUCCUGGUCAGCUACCGAAACCUGUGACUUCAGAACGAAUAUCAUGUGAAUACCUCUCUUUGGAGUUAAUGGAACGUUGGGUUGUGUUUGGAUUUAUGCUUUGCCACCAAGGAUUGCAGCAUGAAUAUUUUAAUAAAAUGUGGGUGAGUGCUUUAGAUUCUUCGUGGGUAGUUCCAUUGUUUCGUGAUGAAGUUGUCUACAUUCAUUCUUACAUUCAAACUUUCUUUGAAACUAUCAAAGGUUAUGGGAAACGUAUUUCGGAGGUUAAAGAUUGUUACAAUCAAGCAGUACAGAAGGUGGGAUAUCGCCACCGAGAGCGGCGUAAAUUUCUAAGGACCGGCUUGAAGGAAAUUGGGUGGGUGUUGACUGAUCAGCCUGGGCUUUUGGGACCGAAAGCGCUUAUGACACAAUGAUAAUCCACCCCAGCAGAAAGGUAAAGGAAAAAAUUCUCAAGAGAGGGGACCUUCAAUCCUCGUAACAGCCACUACUGGGCGGAGCACAAUCCUCAUGAAACGUUUACGCGAGGAUACCAGGAC